GCAGAUACUUCCUGGGAUUCAUGACUCACCUCUCCCUAAUGACCUCCCCAAAUCCUGGAGCCAACUCUGUUUUCCACUGGCUGGAAUGAGAAUCCUUUUCUAAGAGUGACUGGUUAUAAUGGGGAAACUGAUCAAAUUUGGGGGGCAGGAGAAGCGGUUAGCUCGUCGUAAGAAGCUCCGAUGUAAUCGAGUCCUUUUUCUUUUGGGCAUGAUACUCAUUGGCUCUUCUUACCACUUUCUGAAGAGCCACUGGUCCAUGCCUAAACUGUGGACAGCCAUGUAUUCUCAGAACCCUGUGAAAAUGGCCAGCCGGGAUCUUUCUGACAGUGAAACAGUAAUAUCAAAUAGUGACCAUCAGGAAUCCAUUCUAGAAAUGGAAGGCAGUACACUGCACUCACAAGUUACAGAAGGCAGGGACAAAUUAACAACCUCAGCAACUAUUGCAAAGAAAAACUUAAACGCACCCAGGAGAAUAAUGGAUACCUCUAACCCUGGGACUCCAGAGACACCUAGGAGAAGGAAGAAAAAUUAUAUUUUAAUAACUGACAAGCAAAUAGUGAAGAACUAUACUCCAACCACAUUCAGUAGAAAUGUUCAGAGACCUACCUCAACUACACCUAAAAAAAUUGAGAAUCACGUGAUUAUCCCCAAGGUAAAAGUGAAAAUCAAUGACACAAUGACACUUAGGAAAACAAUGGAAAAGAAGCUUCUGGCUAUCCCCAAAAGGACAGUAAAAAAUAUGCCAAGAACCCCCAAAGGAAUAGUUGAGAAUACCCCAACUAGUCUAAAAAGAAUAAUAGAGAACACUGCCUCACCUUCUCCAGCAAAAGUAGUAAUACAAACAACUCCAACUAUUCCUAAAAGAAUAAAGGAAAAAAUCCCAGCUGUUCCCAAAAGAGUAGUGGAGAAUACUUCAAUUACCUCCAAGAGAGUAGUGGAAAAGAAGAAUUCAAAUACUUCAAAGAGAAGAGGAGCAGAAAAUUCCCCAACUGCUCAUCCAACAAUGAUGGAGACAAGCACUGUGGUAUCUAGCACAACUGUGGAGAACACCACCUCUCCUAGAUUGGGAGUCAUGAAUACCCCAACCAGAGCUAGGGUAUUGACAUCGAGAACCUCCUCAACCAGAGUGAUGAUAAAGAGAACUUCUUCAGACACUCUCAGGGAAGGAGCACAUAACACAAUAUCCUCUGCCAUGGACAUCAUUACCCCUACCACCCAGAUUCGGGACUGUGGUUUUGUAGAUCAUGUCCCAACAGUUCCUGUCAGCCUCUCUCCUUCAACAGACAUGACCCCUUUCUCUCCUGAAGAUAGCCAUAACUCCCCUACAGAUCCUAAACUGUUGAACUUUCAGCCCAAGGGGGAAUACCCUGAAGACCUGUUCAGUGUGGAGCAACGGCAGCAAGGCUGGGUAGUCUUACAUCUCUUUGGAAUGAUAUAUGUGUUUGUGGCUUUGGCCAUUGUGUGUGAUGAAUUCUUUGUCCCAGCCUUGGGCGUCAUCACCGAUAAGCUACAGAUUUCUGAGGAUGUGGCCGGAGCCACCUUCAUGGCAGCUGGGGGCUCUGCUCCUGAGCUCUUCACUUCACUCAUUGGUGUUUUCAUCUCUCACAGCAAUGUGGGCAUUGGCACAAUUGUGGGCUCUGCUGUGUUCAACAUCCUCUUUGUCAUUGGCACUUGUGCUCUGUUCUCCAGAGAAGUCCUCAACCUCACUUGGUGGCCCCUGUUCCGAGAUGUCUCCUUUUAUAUCUUUGACUUGAUGAUGCUCAUCAUCUUUUUUUUGGACAGCAUGAUCACCUGGUGGGAGAGCUUAAUGCUCCUCAUGGCUUAUGCGUUCUAUGUCUUUACCAUGAAAUGGAACCAACAACUUGAAAUCUGGGUUAAAGAACAGCUUAAUAAGAGGACAGUGUCCAAGAUUAUGAUUGGAAUGGGUCUCAAUAAGACAGGCAAUGGUGACAUCCCUGUGGAUGAUGAGGACAAUAGCAAGAAACUGAAGGAGGAUGCAGCUGCUGCAGGAGAGGAUAAAGGUGAAGGUGAAGGUAAAGAUAAAGUUCUGGAUGGAAAUGAAGAAGGAGAAAAAAAUGAAGAUGAACCCCAAGGACAGGACAGAGAUGAAAUUCAAGGGAAAAGUCAAGGUCAAGGUAUAGAGGAAGAAGAGAAGAAGAGUAAAGAAGACCAUGGAGAGGGAGAUGCAGAAAGAGAUGAAGGUGGAAAAGAAGGUGUAAAGGAAGGUGAAGAAAAAGGUGAAGAAAAAGGUGAAGAAAAAAGUGAAGAAGAAGGUGAAGAAGAAGGUGAAGAAAAAGGUGAAGAAGGUGAAGAAGAAGGUGAAGAAGGUGAAGAAGUUGAAGAAGAAAGUGAAGAAGAAGGUGAAGAAGAAGGUGAAGAAGGUGAAGAAAAAGGUGAAGAAAAAGGUGAAGAAGAAGUUGAAGAAGAAGGUGAAGAAAAAGGUGAAGAAGAAGGUGAAGAAGAAGGUGAAGAAAAAGGUGAAGAAGAAGGUGAAGAAAAAGGUGAAGAAGAAGUUGAAGAAGAAGGUGAAGAAAAAGGUGAAGAAGGUGAAGAAAAAGGUGAAGAAGGUGAAGAAAAAGGUGAAGAAGAAGGUGAAGAAGGUGAAGAAAAAGAUGAAGAAGAAGGUGAAAAAGGUGAAGAAGGUGAAGAAAAAGAUGAAGAAGAAGGUGAAAAAGGUGAAGAAGAAGGUGAAGAAAAAGUUGAAGAAGGUGAAGAAAAAGGUGAAGAAGGUGAAGAAGAAGGUGAGGAUGGCAGUGAAGAUGAGGAUGAGGAUGAGGAAGAAGAUGAAGAGGAAGAGGAAGAAGAAAAUGAGGAGCCUCUGACACUAGAAUGGCCUGAAACAAAAACUAAACAGGCCAUUUAUCUCUUCAUUUUACCCAUCGUUUUCCCUCUGUGGCUGACAGUUCCAGAUGUCAGGAGACCGGAAUCUAAGAAGUUCUUUGUAAUCACAUUUCUGGGCUCCAUCCUGUGGAUAGCCAUGUUCUCAUACCUCAUGGUGUGGUGGGCUCACCAGGUUGGUGAAACAAUUGGGAUUUCUGAAGAGAUUAUGGGCUUGACAAUCUUAGCAGCAGGCACUUCAAUUCCUGACCUCAUUACAAGUGUUAUUGUUGCCAGGAAAGGCCUAGGAGAUAUGGCUGUUUCCAGCUCAGUGGGCAGCAACAUAUUUGACAUCACUGUGGGUUUACCAGUUCCCUGGUUUCUCUUCUCUCUCCUCAACGCGCUUCAGCCUGUCCCAGUGAGCAGCAAUGGCUUGUUCUGUGCAAUUGUUUUGCUCUUUCUCAUGCUCCUGUUUGUGAUCUCUUCAAUUGCAGUCUGUAAAUGGAAAAUGAACAAAAUUCUAGGGUUCAUCAUGUUUCUCCUUUACUUCAUAUUCUUGAUUAUCAGUGUAAUGUUAGAAGAUCGAAUCAUAUCCUGUCCCAUCUCCAUCUGAGUCAGUCUUGAAGCCGAUGCUAUUGAAUGAAGAACAAUGAACAUGUGAUGUUCCUCUGUGGAUCAUUGUAUUUCCUGAAGGAUGAACUCCACCCAUGGAGUUGUGGCUCAAGAGGGUGUCUGGGAUGUUUCACAGUAAGCAAUGUCAGGAACUGGAGGCUUGAUGGUGACUGAGUUUUAUACUUGACUGAUGGAAUAUUCUUCCCUGAGGGGCUCUUCCCUGGACAUCAUACUCUAUAGCCAGCACACUAAGACCACAGGUGUAAUUGGAAUUAGAGAACCAAUUAUUUUUUUAAAAAGGGGUAGAUGAAAGGGACUAUUGAAAAUAGCCUUCACUAUUACAUCAUUCCCUAGCCACAUCUAAGGGACUCCUGGAGACUCCCAAUUUUGUCAGUCUCCUUUAGGCUCUAAACCAGAUUAUUCAAACCAGCAGACCUGGUUUCUGUAUCUACUUCCCUAAGUAAAUAUGGUGCUGUUUUUCCCCCUUUUUCUUAAGUGAGGUGCCCAUCCAAUUUAUAGUCAAAUUAUGUUUUUGAAUUUAGGUAAAAGUCACUAGUAAGAAGAAGCAUGAUGAGAAGCAAACACUGUUCACAGACUCAAUUUAUCUUAAGUGAGAUUUUGAGCAUUUGAACAAUUUUGUUGUAAACAAGAGGGUGUAUGAGUUAGAUUUCCUCACAUGUAUCAAUCAUCCCUAGCUUAGAAGGGGAAAAGUUUAAGCUCCUAAGAAUAUGAGCACUUUUGAAAAAGAGGAAGGAGUAGGACUAAUGAAAAGUGAUUUUUCUCUCACAUUAGGACUAAUGGGAGUGAGGUAGAUAUUGGAGAGGAAGAAAACAAAGUAAGAUAAUGAUUUUAAAAGCAAACAUAAUAGAAUGUAUGCAUUCAAAUGAGUGAUGUUCUCUUUGAAGUAGUCCCUUGGGAAGUAAUAAACUUAUUCUAAUUGUUACCAUUUGCUGAAAACAGUUCCAGGACUUUUUUUUUUUUUUUGGCAUUACCUAAAACCCCAACAAAUAAAUCUAUUGAAUAUCCUCAGUGGUAACAAACCUUUGUCCUUCGGAAAUGGAUUUAAUUUUUGGAAACAACCACUGAAAUUACUUUGGGCGAUCAAAUUGAGAGUAUUGUUUUUUAAGAAUGAAAUAAAAAUAUACAAGGUGUGACUAUAAAGAACUGAGAUAGCUUUUUGGCUCCGACAUGUCACAACAGGCAAAAUGCUUUGAGUAAAGAUAGCAUUCCUUAGAUUAUUUAAUAUAUAGCUUCACAAGGUUAUUAAUUUGAUGAUGGUAUUAUUUAUUUGUAUAUAUGAGUUCUGAUGUGAUCAGUAAAGUAUCAUUCUUAUGGUUUGUAGUUCUAUAUUUUAAAAACUGAAGGUGUUUCCUCAAAAAGCCUGGAAAUGAUGUUACAAGGGACAGCAUAUUCUUAGUUUAAACCUCCUCUGUGGAAUUUGUUGAUAUGCUUCUAUAUUACAUAUUACUACUUGCUGCUUUUACUAGUUCAAACUAUUGGAAAAGGAACAGCCUUUUGAAGUGUCACUGUUAUGAUCAAAGUUGAAGACAAAAGCGGCCAAGGGUGACUGUCAAUUACUGUUAUAUAGUGAAUGACAACAUAAGAAGGGAGACCCCUGGAUCCCCCAACUGCUCCAGAACCAAAGGAUGAAAUCCACAAGAAAGACUGUUUUCUCCCAAUGGCCUCAGCCAAAUCCCAUUCACCUAGAUCCCAGAAAGAUCUUUCCUUCCUAACAGUGCGCUGUGAAAACCUCUAGUCCUUGACAUUGGUUUUGAUGUUGGAUCCUAAGGAUCAAUGGACCUUUCCAUCCACACUGAGCCGUUUGAUUCUUUAAGUACUGAUCUUCCAAAUCAGAAUGUGAGCUCUUUGAGAACAGACUGUUUUUCUUUUCUGUGCUCCCAUAGACUAGUAGAGUUGACACAGAGUAAAUACCAAAAAAUGCCUUCCCAUCCUAUUGAAGGACACCAGAAAUAUGCUUUCAAACAAAAGAAGAAUGAGAUGACUUAUUGUUAACUCCUAGAGAAACCAUCCAUGUGAUUUCUUUAAUAAAAUAAGAGUAGUUUCUUUAAAUGAUACUUCACAUUUUUAUAUAGCAAGGCAAUUAUUUUUCUGUAUCUUUUAAGAUCUCUAGGUUACAUAAUAGUCAUCUCCACCAAGGAGGUGCAAUUUUUUAUUUCUCCUUCAUUCUCAAAGCGGACCAUGACAUCAAAGAG